GGCAGUGCCAACCUGAAUGAAGCGCUUCAUCAUGGGAAAGGUGGACUUUAUUUGAUAGGAUCACGUGGAUGGCCAUGUACAUGUGCACCGUUUACCUGGAGGAAGUGAUGGCACCAGGAUGCACUGUGGGAAGACGAUAAGCUGGUGGCGAGAGUGUGAUGCUCUGGGCAAUGUUCUGCUGGGAAACCCUGGGUCCGGCCAUUCAUAUGGAUGUCAAUUUGACACGUGCUACCUAAACUGACCAGAUAUCGUUGUAACAUGGACCAAAACUUUUUGCCAACUAAAAUGAAGAGUCCACAAAAGCAACUGUAACCCAUGGCAGGGUGUCUGUCAGAAUGGCACAUUGGUGUACAUAGGCCCUCUCAAGCCUAGACUGUAGGCCAGACUACUGUUGAACACUUUAAUAGCCACCAUUGCUGUGCCCCGUGAGCUAGCAUUUCAUAUGUCGCGGAUCAGGACCACGCUGGACAGCGUUACCAAAGCGGUCGGCGGUACAGACCUCAUCUCCAAGAUCUCUCGCCUCAAGCCUGGCAGUUCUGUAGUUGGUGCUGCCCAUGUGGACAAAAUUCUGGUCAAAGCAGAGCCCCCAGCCUCCAGUGACACGGCUGCUGCCAUGCCUGCUGCGGAAAGCAACACGGCCACUAAACCAACAGAGCAAAACCAGAACAAAGCAGCUGAGGAAGAGCCAGACAAAAAACUGCAUCCGGAUGCAGAGAAGCCUUUUGUUGCCAACAAAAUAUCCAAGUCCAAUUUAGCAUCUAUGGCUAGUGAGUCUGCAGCAACUUCUUCCUCCACUGUGGCCAAACAGACUCUGCAGCUGUUCCACCCUGCAGCCCUCUCAACCAACAUGGAUGAGACCUACAACACACUGGCUCAGCAUGUCAACAGCUACUUUGGCACCGACACACACACACAGGGGGAAGAUGGCAGCAGCAGCCAGUGGCAGCAGCACCAGCAGGAGGAUGAGAAAAUCCCUGUUGAUGAGCCUAUCCUCAACCAGGGUCCUCAGAACACCGGAGAGCACCAUCUUCAUCUGACACCUGUGGCAGAGGCCAAAUCUGUGGAACCAGCAGCUGCCUCUCCUCUCCCUCUGCCUGCCAUGGAGAAAGUCAGCCCUCCGGUUGGAAUACCCUCCCCAGAUUCCACCACAAUCGAAGGUGUGGCUUCUUCUGCCCCCCCACCCUCUGCUUCUUCUAAGAAAGGCUUCACUCACUAUCUGUCCUACCCUCGGCCCAGAGUUCAGGCAUUUGUGGGCAGCUACAUCGUACCGCUGGUCCCCAAGUUCAGGGGGGACUCCAAAAACAUCACCAAUGAAAAAGACAAGUCCUCACCAUCUUCCCUGGAAGAGGUCACCAUGGCCAAGACAGGGGAAGUGGUGGAGAGCGAGGAGGAGAAGGCAGAGGAUAAGGCCAAGAAACUGCUGCUGACUCAAAGGGAGAAGAUCAUUGCCAGGGUGAGUGUGGACAACAGGACUAGAGCUCUGGUGAAAGGCCUGCAGAGGGUCAUCGACAUCAGGCUCCUCACCAGUCGAGUGGAGGAGCUCAGCUACCAUCUCCUGGAGUUUCCUGAGACACGAGGUGUAGCCAUCAAGGAGAGAGUGCUACCCUGCCUGCUGCGUCUGCGCCAGGCCAGAAAUCCUCCUCUCCAGGCUGCCGUCAGAGAGGCGUUGGCCCUGGUGGGUUACAAUGACCCAGUCAAAGGCAGAGGAAUUAGGGUCCUGGCCAUCGACGGAGGGGGAACAAGGGGACUGGUGGCCCUGCAAACUCUCCAUAAACUGCAAAACCUGACCGGAAAACCUAUACACCAGCUGUUUGAUUAUAUCUGUGGUGUCAGUACAGGUGCCAUCCUGGCGUUCAUGCUGGGGGUGUUCCAGAUCCCCCUGGAAGAAUGUGAGGACAUGUACAGGAAACUGGGCUCAGACGUCUUCAAGCAGAAUGUCAUCGUGGGAACAGUCAAGAUGGGCUGGAGCCAUGCCUUCUAUGACAGUGAAGUCUGGGAGAAUAUCCUCAAGGAAAGGAUGGGCGAGGGGCUUAUGGUGGAAAGUGCCAGAGAUCCAAACUGCCCUAAAGUGUCGGCAGUGAGCACUGUUGUGAACAGGGGUCUGCCCCUGAAGGCUUAUGUGUUCAGAAACUACAGGCUGAUGCCGGGGGUGAGGUCCCACUACCCGGGCGACUGCAAACACAAGUUGUGGCAGGCCAUCCGGGCCUCCUCUGCUGCCCCAGGCUACUUCCAGGAGUUUGUCCUGGGCAAAGACCUCCACCAGGAUGGAGGUCUUCUGAUAAACAACCCCACAGCGUUGGCCAUCCAUGAGUGCAAAUGCCUGUGGCCCAACACGCCAGUGCAGUGCGUGGUGUCUCUCGGCACAGGGCGCUUUGAGACGGGGGGGAAGAACAGCACUACCUACACCAGCCUCAAGACCAAGCUCACCAACGUCAUCAGCAGCGCCACCGACACCGAGGAGGUGCACACCAUGCUGGAUGCUUUGCUGCCUCCCGACACCUACUUCCGCUUCAACCCCUGCAUGAGCGAGGACAUCCCGUUGGAUGAGAGCCGCCGUGAGCGGCUAAACUUCCUCAAGAGCGAGGGUGAACGUUACCUGGAGCGCAACGAGGCCAAGCUGCGGAAGGCAGCCAGCAUGCUGGGCCAGGAGAAGAGCGUCAUUCAGAGGCUGGCUGAGUGGGCCAAACUCAAGGCAAACAUGGAGAUGCUCCAGUUGCAAUUUGACAUCAAAAUGACAAAUCCCAUCCAUCACUUUUUUGAUCAGCAACCACCCCAAAAUGCAGGACUUUUGAAGACACCAAUAGCUGUCACUGGAUUCCCAGAAGAUGGCGCAGGGAGGGUAAAUAAAACAAGGUGAGCUGAGUUAGAAUUUGUAUAGUAUUGGGCAGACAUUGUCUCCUUGACAAAAUAAUGGAGACAUUGUUCCAUACUUCACGAAAAGAAAUUAACAAGUUUGAGAUGAGGAAGCAUUUAUGCAAGUUCAUAAAUGUAGAUUUAAAAAUAUAAAUGAAAAAUAUGAAUGGUGGAUUUGUUAUUGCGGCAUACUAGGAGAGGUACUUGUGGCAGUGACAUGCCAGUUUUCACAGAAACUGAUGUUGUGAUAACCUCUAAUUUCGUAAAUAGAUGCCAUACGACUGGUAUUUCAUUCCCAUUAACAUAGUACAUGCAUUGAAGUGCAUAGUCACACAGUGGGAACGUCAACAUAAAUGCCUAUGUCUAAUGUUUUACUGACAAAAAACUGAAUGCACUUUUAAUGAUAAUUGUGUUCUGAACUCACCAAUAACAGGUCAGGUGUAAAUAGUUUGGUGAUUAUUCAUUGGAGUUUUAAGAAUAUGGAACAGCAUACAUACCUCAGCUUUAUUUGAGAAGGAUUACUGCAAAUUCUUCAGGUUUGUAAUGCUUAACAGCAUUGAUGGACUUUAAUCCACGGAAUUAAGAACAUAAAAAUCACUGUCGUUAUCAUGGUAAAUGCCGAGCACUGCUGCUGCGAUGCUGAGUUAAAGAUGAUUAUGUGUAUUUUCUACUGGUUGUGAUGGUACAAAGUCCUUUGCACUUCCCUCUGAGCAUGGGCAAACUUUGACUCCUCACAGCCCAGGUUAUUGGUAAUGCCCUGACCACUUCGUAAAACUUGACAUGCUUUUCAAAUUGUGACAUGAGGAACCUAACUGCCUUGAUUCAUGAUUCCCUCAAUGCUUGAUGGAACAUUUUAGAAAAUAAUAAAAAUUUUGUCAUGACAGAAAUAAAACUGGGUUUU